CGUGUGAAAACGAACAGAAAUCAAAGCAAAUAAACAAUGUAAUGUGAACGUGAAUGUAGGAUAUGCGAAAAAGGGUAAUAACAACAACUAUUACGUACAUACAUAUAAAUAGAAAAAGCCAGCAAAAGUGUGAAGUUUACAACAUAAUUACAAUAAAAUAUAUGCAAUAUAAAGUCCCUCGAAAUUGCCUGAAUUAUGCUCAAUUAUAAGCUGAGCCAAUUUAAGGAAAGACCCGUAUGAUCCCAGAAGUUUCGGUUAUGGUGCUUUAAGAUAUUCAAGUAUAUACAUAUACAAUUCGAUUUGAAAGUUCAGUACGAGACCAGCGCACAAAAUGUGGAUAAAACUUUAUUCCUUAUGCUAUACAAUUUGUGGAAUUUCUUGGAUUGCUUGUGCCGCAAAAGGAGCGAUACUCGACUCCAGAUGUUAUCUGGAGGGCGGCGGUUCGGCUGAGAGUUUUCUAGCUACUGAAGAUCUGGCGGUGGGCUCCAUAAUUGGUAAAUUGCGCAUAAAUGGCGAUCCCAACGCAGACACUGGUGACAUCAAUCUGUCGCUAAGAGAAAAGAAUGCUCCCGUGGAGAUUGUGGCGGGCACCAAAGAUUUGGCUUUAUCUGUAGAGCUAGACAAGGAGGGUCUAAAAGGACCCUCGUCGAUCUAUGUAAAUGUCAUAUGUAUACGAAGACGCUCAACGGAUCCGAGCUUCGUUGUUCCCGUCAAUGUUCGUGUAACGGACGUCAAUGAUAAUGCACCACAAUGGAUUGGCACACCCUACACGCUGACCCUAUCCGAGGUGACGGUGCCGGGCACACGCAUACUCCAGGGUGCCCGUGCCGAGGAUGCCGAUCAGCCGGGACCGUUCUCCACGGUGGAGUAUCAGGUUCUACCCGGUCCAUAUGCGGAGCUGGUGCAGUUUCUCAAUCCUCUCGAGGGUACACUGGUUUUGAAAAAGGCACUAGACUAUGAGCAGCUGCAAAAUUUCACAGUCAAGUUGCGUGCCCAGGAUCAGGGCACACCACCACGACAUUCGGAUACGCUGCUGCGCGUGGUCAUCACCGAUGCGGAUGAUCAGAAUCCGAAGUUUUUACGUGAAUCCUAUAGCGCUGAGCUGCCCGCAGAUGGUCGCGCCGGCGAGUUACGCAUGCGUCCCGAACCACUGAAAGCCAUCGAUCAGGACGAGGGCAUCUGUGCACCCAUUCAGUACAACAUUGUGCAAUCCCAGGACGCGAAAUACUUUCGCGUACAUCCGCACAACGGCAUCAUUACGCUGCUCGCACCCAUUGGUUAUGCAGAUCUUACGCACGGCGCCACUCUGGUGGUGAAGGCCACCCAGAUAGACAAUCCGGAUCGGUACGCCCUGACCACAGUGCAGCUAACCCGGCCGGGCACACACAGCGAUCUCAGCACACUCGCCUUUGUCCAGAAGCGUUUUGUGAUGCGCAUACGCGAGGACACGGCCGUGGGUAAUCGCAUCCUGGCACUGCCCACCAACAAGCCUGGGAAACAUCUGAAGUACACCAUUGCCGAUCCAAUCAAUUCGCAGUUCUUUAGCGUCGGCUCCCUGGGUGAACUGGUGCUAGCCAAGCCGUUGGACUAUGAAAAGAUGACCAAACACGAGUUCCAGGUCAUAGCCAGCGAUGGCCUGACCAACAGCACCUCCGCUGACGUCACGCUGGAAGUGAUUGAUGUCAACGACUGGGAACCGCGCUUCCGCGAGACACACUACGAGUUCAUGGUGCCCAAGAGCCAGUCGCUGCAGUCACGCACCGACUCCUUUGAGGGCGUACUAAUUGGCAAGGUGGAGGCGGCAGACGGAGAUCGCAAUGACAAGCUGGAGCUAUCGCUUCGUGGGCAGCAUGCGGGCCUCUUCGAGAUCGAUGCGACGGGCAAUAUUUAUAUGCGCCCGGAGCAACUGCAAAGUCUCAACGAGUCUACGGUGCAUCUGAUUGCCAUUGCCACGGAUUCGGGUGUACCGCCGAGAAGCACCUCCGUGCCUGUGAGCGUUACCAUGGAGGGACUUACCCUCGCCCACUCGGCCUGGAACAACAGCAUGCUGGGCAUGUUUGGAAUGAUUGUGGGCCUGUUUCUCUUGAUCAUCAUGGCACUCAGUUGCUAUAUUGUGCGCUCGAAGAAGCAGCGCAAAAGCAGCCCUGGCGGCCUGAGCCUGGGACGCAAUCGUGUACAUAGCCAAGCGCACAGUAGCGUCUCCUCGGCGAAUCUAGUGACGCACGAAAAGCUGGCGGGCAACGGCGCCGGCGCCAGCGUCACCAGCGGUGGUGUCUCCGUGCUGCAUAUGAAGCAUCCUAGCAGCAACAUCACUAUGGCAAAUCCAAUCAACAACGGGCUGCAUCAUGUGGCCAGCGGCGCCAGCAGCAGCAUGGCGCUCAGUAGUGCCAGCAACUUGUUGGAGCGGGAGCGCGAACGGGAGCGAGAGCGGCAAAGGGAAAGCUACGCGGCAACGGUGCGCAUCUUCUUGCCAGGCAUCGUAUCGCGCGCCUCUGCCAAUGGACAGCUCUAUGAGGAGGACGAAAUCGAGCACGACUCCCUCUCGCAGCAGGGCCAGCAGCAGCAGCAGCAACAGCAGACGACGCCGGAGAACAAUAAUCGCAAGACGAUGGCUGCUGUUGCAGGAGGCGUGACAACCAUCUCAACGACGGCCAAUGGCAGUGCAGCCGGAGCUGGUUCCAAUCUCAUGGCCGCAUCUGAUACGAUGGGCUCAUCUGAAAACAAUCUGACAGUCUACUUCUAGGACAGCUCAACGCUGUUCUCAAUAUUGUAAAUAUUGCUGGCCUAGCAGCUAAAUAUUAAUUUACUAGGUCUAAGUCUAAGUCGCGUUUAGGUUCUAGGCCCAAUGUAAAUGUAGUAGACCAAAUAUAGCAUUGUAAACAUCCAGCACUUGUAGUCUAAGCAAGCGAAUUCUACUGUACAAUUUUGCUUCCCACUUUUUACGA